AUAACUUCAGAGGCCGCCGCUGCAAGUAGUAGUAGUAGUAGUCAUUAUUAUUAUGUCCUCGUGGAAGAAGGGCCAAAGAAGUUGUUUGUAUUUGGGGAUAGCUAUGCGGACACCGGCAAUUACCCACCCACAAAUGCCUCCACCCCGUUGAGGCACCCUUAUGGCAUCUCCUUCCCCGGCAUACCCUCCGGCCGCUGGUCCGAUGGCCGCGUUCUCACCGAUUACAUCGCAUCGUACUUGGGACUGGAAUCCCCGCGGCCUUAUGUUAAAGAGCAUCCCACAUCGGAAAAGUCGGAGCGGGGAAGAAGGAGGAGAAGACGGGGACGGGAUGAAUUUUGCGUACGGAGGGACGGGGGUGUUCGAGACCGGGGUGGAGGGGCCGAAGAUGGGGGCGCAGAUAAAGAGCCUGGGGCAACUCGUGCGCCGGAAUGUGUACACCAGACAGGACCUCUCCUCCUCCCUGGCUCUCGUCACCUCCGCUGGGAAUGACUACCUUACCUUCCUGCUUGACCACGGCAAUUUAAACGAUGUGGAGGGUUUUGCAGAGAAUCUAACGAGGCAACUCAGUGAAAACCUGAAACGCAUUCAUGAGAUGGGAAUCCCAAAAGUAGCAGUGACCGCUAUGGAACCUCUGGGUUGCCUACCUGGCCCUGCUGCUGCUGCUUCUUCUUCUUCUUCCUCAAAUUAUAAUACCCAUCAUGAGAACUACCCAAACUGCAACAAAAUUGGCAACCGCAUCACCAGGUUUCACAAUCAACUCCUCAGACAAAGGGUGGACCAACUCAACCGCCACUACAGCCGCCGCAGCAGCCGCCGCCCUUUCGUCAUUCUUGAUCUCUAUUCCGCCUUCACCUCUGCCUUGAACAUCCGGGACGGCCGCCCCGGGAAGAGUGGCUUCGAGAAGGGAUUGAUGCCAUGUUGCAGAGGGAUGUGUGGGGCGGUUGACGAGAGGGGGAACAAGGAAUACACAGUGUGUGAUGAUCGGAGAAAGGCAUUCUUCUGGGACGCCGUGCAUCCGUCACAGCAAGGCUGGCUUGCCGUUUAUUCCGCCCUGAAACCCUCUCUCCCCGCCCUCCUCUUCUCUCCCCCUCUCCCCACUACUACCACUCGCCGCCGCCACCGCCACCACCUCAUGCCUUCCACUAUUUAAUUUAGUCAUGACGACGACGACCUUACUUAGCUUGAUUAAACAUGCAAAAAUAAACUGAGGGGAUGGUU